CUAGAACGACCAGAAGUUCUGCCGAUUCCGUCAGCAAUCAUACCCUUCAAUCACGACGAAGACUUCGUUGAGCGACGAGAAAUUUUCGAUCGAGUCCACCAGAAGUGUGCUAGACCAGGUUCUCGGACCGCGCUCGUAGGCCUGGGCGAAGUUGGCAAAUCGCAAAUCGCUAUCGAACACGCGUACCAAACCCGAAUGCGAUCGCCCGAAACGUGGGUGUUCUGGGUCCACGCGAGCAACAGAACACGUUUUGAGCAGAGCUUUCGAGAUAUUGCAAAUUACGUCAAAAUCUCUGGGCGGCAGAACCCGAAAGCCAAUACUUUCCAGCUUGUACAUGACUGGUUGCGUGACGAAAGGAAGGGGAAAUGGGUCCUUAUACUUGACAACCUCGAUGACACCGGCUUCCUCCUCGAAAGCGCUAGUCCAGAUCGAGAAACGGACGGCUUGGAUAGUGGGAACUCAAAGCUGCUUGUGUCGUAUCUUCCACAGUGCCCGAACGGGUCCAUUCUUAUAACGACCAGGGACAAAAAUGCGGCGCUACAGCUCGUUGAACAGAGUAGCAUCAUCACAGUCGAACCGAUGGAUAGCGCGCAUGCGCUAGCUCUCGUUCAGAAAAAGCUGGACACGCAAGAAAAUAACGAUGAACUUUCCGAGUUCGCCACCUCGCUCGAAUUCAUGCCGCUAGCUAUCGUUCAAGCAACUGCUUAUAUCUCUCGAAGGUCGCCCCGUUGCUCGGUGCGACAGUAUCUUGAAGAAUUCCGGAAGAGUGAUCGCAAGAAAACGAGUCUCCUUAAUUACGAAGGUGGAGAACUCCGCCGAGAUCGAGAGGCAAAAAAUUACAUUAUUAUCACAUGGCAAUUAUCAUUUGAUCAUAUCCGUCGGAUAAAACCGUCAGCAGCCGACUUAUUAUCACUUAUGAGCUUUUUUGACCGGCAAGGGAUUCCAGAGGCCCUACUCCGAAAUUAUAGCGGACCGGGAAACAACCAGCAACACCAAAAUGAGAGUGAUGAUGAUAGUGAUGGAGUAGGAAAAAUCGUUUAUUAUACUGUCAUAUGCAAGUCCGGAGACUAUGAAGAUAGUGUGUCUAAAGAUCCGAGAUAUAUUGGGCUUGUUCUGUGGCAACUGUACCACGCCGAUUCCCCGAUCACGUCACUAGACAUGCUAAUAAUGCUUAUACCCGCCUUAGUGGCCAUGUUAUUACUCUUUUGCCAUCGUGUUCAACGUGACUCUCACGUACAUCGUACUUGCAGUCAUCCAUUUCGGUAA